AUGAGCCAUUUUUAUUGCAGUAUAACUGACUAUUUAAUUCUUAAUUUAAAUCAAGUUUCAAGUUGCUUCGAGAACUUUGAGAUAGUAGUUGAUGAUAUCUCCUUAUUUAAAGGUUACUUAAGUAAUUUAUUUUGAUAAAUAUUAGAUGCGAGAACAACAGAUAAAUUAGAAUAUAUUCUGAAUUACUCGAGAGAAUUUUCCAAUUUAUAAAAUAAGUAUAAAAUAUUGUCGUAUUUUAGUUAUUUUAAUAAAAUUGAAAUUCAAAGCUAAAUUAUUUUUUAGUUAUUAUUAUAGGCUUAUUCUUUAUUAUUCAAAUAUAGAGUCUUAACUAAUCAAUUAAAAACAAUUGGAACCUAGUUUGAAUUGCAUAAAUUAGUUGAUAAAUUAAAUGAAAUUGAAAAGCGAUCAACAUAAGAAUCCCUAUGUAUCUUAGAUAUUUUUAAAUCCGAGUAUAGGGUAUUAAAGAAUUGUAUAAUUUAAAUAUUAUAAAAAAGUAAUUGCUAUAAAAUGGAAGAUCUAAGACAAUUUGAAUAAGGCUCUUAAAGAAAUAUUAGGGUUAUUAAUUUUUAAUAAAUAAAAUUUUUGAAGUUAUAUUAAGGGAUUCAAUAUUUUUUGUUCAUAAAUUACAGUCCUUAGGCAUAAUUACAAAAAUUAAUAGAAAAAUUUAUUCUAUAUUAUAAAAUUGACCAGUUAAUAAAUAUAGGAUAAAUGAAAAUAAAUCAAAUUAUGAGAAGAAUGCUGCAUUCUGUUAUCUUUUGGAAUUGA